CUUGACAUGUACUUAACACACUUCUCAUUCCAAGCUCGUGAACAACCACGUGACGUGCAGUUCACAACAUGGCGGACGUUGACAUGCAGCAUCUGCUGCUAUUGGUAAUAUGUUUGGGCCCCCUUGCUGUGUGUGCCCAAAAACUUGUGAUGAAUCCACCAGAGCCAACUAUCAGAGUGACACGACCGUUUGGACUGUCCUGUCAUGUCACGGGGGUUCCAUGGAACCACGACGUUAAGGUUGAAUGGUUGGACCCUGACGGGGAAGUCAUUGACUCUUAUGACAGGAGACUCUACGACAGUCCUUACAUGGUGAUCUUUAUGGAAUCUUGGCGCGAUGAUGUGAAAGAAACGGGAAACUAUACGUGCAGAGCAACAAUCGGGGGAAAGACUUUGGAAAAGUCUACAUGGAUCUACUUCUCAGAUGUCCCAGCCGUCGGUAUCUAUCCAAUUGAUAGUAAUAACAGUGUAUCGAGGAUCCAAGGAACAGGAAAACUUGCCCUUACCUGUAAAGCCACAGGAUUGUCUGCAUCGGACACCAAGAUAGAAUGGCUGGAUACCAACAACAAAACCAUUGGUCAUGCUCUUAAACCCGGCAGGAUCUACACAAAACAGUUUCCUCUGAGAACGCUUUUGCAGUUUGAUGACGUGAAAAUUGAAGACCGUGGACAAUACACAUGCCGUGUCAUAAAUAGAGGCAAAACAACACUGAAAUAUGUACAUCUCAACGUUUAUGGAGUUGUUGUACGUCCACCACCCAAUAGUUUAAAGCUGAUGAGAAACACCGGACUAGCUUUGCAUUGCCACGUCACCGAGACAUCAGGAGGAAGAGAUGUAACUGUAGAAUGGCUGAGCUCCAAAGACGUAUCGCCUUACGAUCCAAAGAACGCACACAGGAUCUUCGCUCAGGAAACCUCGCUGGGGAGCACGCUGUACAUUGACGACUUGUUAGAUGAAGGCGGAAAACCACAUACGUGUCGGGUCAGAAUCGAUGGGAACACCGUCGAACGAGACAUAUACCUCCCAUUAUAUGAUACCCCCGAAAGCGUUAUUGUUCCAGCGCAGGAUAGCAUGAGGCGAAUGAAAGACGCUACUGCAUCUAUGUAUUGCAAAACCAAGGGACUUUCAGACGAAGAAUUGCAGGAUGCCAAGUUCGAAUGGCUGGACAAAAAUGACAACAUCAUUGGACCUUACAUUAGAAAUGAUCCCAGACACGACAGGGUCUACACACUGACAUUGCCCGAUGCAUCCCGUCUUCAGCUUGACCAGUUGACCAGUGGAGAUCAGGGGACAUACACCUGUAGAUGUACAGUCGGAGGCAACAUCAUGAUCAACGCCAUUCAACUCAUUAUCUACGGUAAGCCAGAUACACCAACGAAUCUGCAAGCUGCAACCGUGGACUCGCGUUCCAUUAUCAUCACAUGGGACAAAGGCUUCAACGGCUCCUAUAAACAACGUUUCAACAUAGAAUACAGACAACCUGACGGUCAAUGGAUCACCCACCCACCCAUGCCCAGGGAGGACCACGCCCUUCUACUGAAGCUGGAUGGUCUAAAACCGGCAACAAUGUACGACAUUCGGCUAAAUGCUGCGAAUAAAUAUGGUUCCAGUAACUACACGUCCGUCAGUGUGACAACGUUGACAGGCGAGGACCUCAUGUGAUUGACAGUGUGUAGAUAACUUACUACUGCACUUGAAGGAGUGUGAAUGUUGAAUGAUGCUUUAGUAGAUAUACACAGCUAGUUCAUUCUCCUCCAGUCCUCGACCACAUGUCCAGUAUUAACCAAAAUAGGAGCAUUCUCAAUUGCACCAGCAUGUUUCAGUUGUUCAACAUUAUGCACAAUAAAGGCACAUAUUAAUUUG